AAGAAUUUGGUGGGUAGUGGUAUAAUUUCCGAAAUGAAAGUCGCAUGUAAAUCAGUGCGACUUUAGUUCCUCGAAUUGCCGUAUCACUGUUCGCCCCCCUCCCGCAUUCGGCAUUGUGCCGUUAAGUAGCAGUCUGCCAAUAACUGGCCCUCUCUUCUUCCCCCUUCUGAGCUGAGCAGGCGGCCGAACGUCGCUUAGCAGCACAGGUGAGAAGAGGAAGACAGGCGCGGAAGUAAGGACGCCUUUUUCUCCCCAAGCACCUCACGCUUCCGCGAUCUGCAGCCCACCCGCACAGGUGGGCUGGUUGACGAAACCACAUCCAAGGACAUGCUUGGAGAGCAUACUAAGUAUCUUCUUCUUUGUACAGAAAUUUCCAGACCUGGUCUGAGGUAAUAUGGUUCCAUGCUGUCCUCCAGGCACAGCCACGAGUGUUCGACUGUGAUCAUCCAUGCUUUCAUAGCUGGAUUGAACUUAUAGUUCUUGGAGAAACAUGAAUAUUGUCAAGGGCGUUGCUGAUCUACUGCGAAGAACUGCUGGUCAAGGAGGAGAAAGUGCAUCAUGUGAACAAGGAGAAAAUUUGGAUGUACCUGGACAUAAAAUCCAAUUUGGAGUGCUUGGUGAUGAGGCUGUUCUAAAAAUGCACUGGGAGCAAUACAAGAGUGCAAUUGACAAGGAUGAAAGGAGGAGGUUAUUGGAAGUGUUUAUCAUGCACUUUGUGCUGGUAUAUAAGGACUGGCAGCCUGUAUACCUCCAGUUAUCAAAAGGGGCUUCAACUGCCAUGCAUCUUCUGGAUUAUGCAUCACAUACUGAUGAUGUUGUGGUAGGGUGCUCUGCUGGGCAUCCUGCUGAAGUUAUUAUUGCUUUAACACAAGAGAUCACACCAGUAGCUAAUACAGUUACCUCCUUGCAAUUUUCCUCUGACCUAUUGGAGUCACCUGUUGGUUUAAAUGGCAACAAAUAUUUGAACGUGGUCAAUGCCUUGUCGAUAUUGAACCGUUCCAUUCUUAAUAGCAGAAUUUUUAUUUCAUGUGGGGGGAUUCGAAAAUUGAUGGCAUUAAUGAAAGCGUCUAUCAUCCAGCUUAAAUCGGUGCCAUCCACACUUGCGAUACCUGAGCAGUUAUCACCUCCUAAUAUGGAAUUAAUUAGAUUUUUGCAAAAAUUGCUUUUCUUUGUGGUGUCUAUAAUUUCAAACGUUAUAAAUUUUGAAUCUGGAACAGCUGACCUGUACUCUAGCUUUCUUAAUCUUGGUUUUAAAGAAAGUUCUCAUUUGGCUGAUUCUUCGGAAAAAGGAGAUGUUCCUGAUCCAGAUUUUGUUGCAAGAAAAUUCUAUUGGCAGCAAAAGGCGGUUGUUGCAGUGAUGGAAGCAGGGGGCCUUAAUUGGUUAGUAGAGUUGUUACGGACAAUCAGAAGACUGGCUUUAAAAGAUCAGUUGUCAGAGAGAUCACUUCAGUCCUUAUGUCUGAUUGCUCUCAGGUCUGCACUGUUUGAGAACCCUCGAGCUCAGAAUCAUUUUAGGAGCAUUGGGGGCCUUGAUGUUCUAAUGGAUGGGCUUGGCCCUCCUUCAGUCAAUGCUUUAGCUAUGAAGGACGUCCAUCAAACAAGUGAGCAAAGCCAUGGGAAUCCUGUUUUUGGCAGUUUCUACCUUCAAAUUCUUUCUUUGGAAGUACUACGAGCAGGAGUAUUUGGUAAUUUGAUCAACAUGCAAUUCCUUUGUGAAAAUGGAAGGGUGCACAAAUUUGCAAAUAGCAUCUGUUGGCCUGCAUUUAUGCUACAAGAAGUUUGCCAGCAGGAAGAGCACUCUGCUCUGAUGACCGUUUUGCUGGGAAAAACAACUGAGUCUAUUGUAGAUAGUGAAGAUCAAAUGACAAACCUUCUGCAGAAUACCGAUUUUGAUUUAUGGGUGUCAGAGCAUUGGUAUGUUUAUGCUCUUACAUUGAGCAAAGUACUUUGCUCUUUUAUCCUGGCUCCGGAAGACAUUGUGUUUCAAAAGCACCAUGCAUCACUUGGUUUGAGUAUACCGACUCAAGUCUCAUUAUCCUUUUGGGAGCUUGCAUUGAGAUGGAUCUUGAAGGUUCUGCUUAUAGUGUUUCCUUGCUUGAAGGCUUGCGGUAAUCUUAAUGAGUUCCCCAGUCACCUAAGAAUUUUGUCCAGUGCUUUACAACAAUCCAUUCUUUACACAUUCCGAAAGUUACUUGCUUCAUCACCGGUUUUGCUUGAAACUUUUCGUGCCGAGGGAGUCUGGGAUCUCCUCUUUUCUGAAAACUUUUUCUACCUUGGGUUAGCUUCUGAGGAGGCCAAGGAGAAUUGCUUAUUUUCUGAACAAGGAAGGAAAUAUCUUGGUGAAAUGUUGCCAUUUGACUGCUCUGGCAACCUAACAGAGGCUCAUGAAUCGGUUGCUCUUCAGAUGGGAGUUGUUUCAUUGGUUGAACAUGCUGCAACACUUAGUAUUAAUUCACACAAUUUGCCCGAAUGUGUGGUUCUUUUGGAUGCUCUUGAGCAGUCGGCUUGUAACGCUGGCAUUUCUACCAUUCUUGCAAAAAGCUUGCAUCGUAUCUUACAGAUAUCAGUUGAGCAAACAGUUGUGUCUUUGGUGUCCUUGGAUGCAGUUACUAGGCUUCCAGAAGUUGCAUGUAUUCAGCUCCAGGAGCUGUGGAAGGUAAAAAAGUGCAUGGUGAAACCCUGUGAAGAAGGCAGUUCUGUAUCUUUUCAGCAGAUCUCUGAUUCAACUGGGAGUGUCAUGCUUUGGAAGCAGUGUCUAGAGGCUUCAUUUGAACUCUUUAUGGCAUUUGUGUCGCUGUCAGAUGAUGCAAAACAUUUGGCUUUGCAUAGUUCAAAAUGUAUUGAUUGCUUAUUUGACUUAUUUUGGGAGGGUGAUCUGAGAAAACCUAUACUUGACCAUGUUCUUGGCUUAUUGAAGUUGGUUGCUUCUCCUGAAGAAGAUCAAGCAGCAAAGCUACAACUAUGUUCUAAAUAUUUGGAAACAUUUUCACAUGCUAGGGAAAGGGCAGAGACACAAUAUGUAGAUGUAUCUAUAGAUCUCUUGGUUGGUAUUAGGGACAUGCUCAAAAUCAAUUUGGUGUAUUACCAGUCAUUAUUCCGCCAUGGAGAGUGCUUCCUGCAUAUUGUCUCUUUGCUCAAUGCUAACCUUGAGGAGGAAACAGGCGAACAACUUAUUUUCAAUGUCUUCCGGACACUGACAUGUUUGCUGACUGGGAAUGAUGCUUCCAAGGCUGCAUUUAGAGCACUUGUUGGAGUUGGUUAUCAAACCCUGCAGCGUUUGCUUUUGGACUUUUGCCAGUGGCAGCCAAGUAUGCAACUUAUGAAUGCUCUUUUCGACAUGCUUGUUGAUGGGGAAUUUAGUAUAGCCCCAAAUAUUUUGAUAAAGAAUGAGGAUGCAAUUUUACUUAUCCUUACCCUUUUGAAGAAGAGCAGUGAAGACUUGAAACAUUAUGGGCUUGAUGUAUUUCAGCAAUUAGUGAAGGAUUCUAUCACAAACCGGGCGUCAUGCUUUCAAGCUGGCAUGCUCAGUUUUCUUCUGGACUGGUUUACUGUGGAAAAUGAUGAUGCUGUGAUUUUAAAACUUGCAGAGUUGAUUCAAUCGAUUGGUGGCUAUAGCAUAUCUGGAAAAGACAUUCGAAAGAUAUUUGCUAUUUUACAUGAUGAAAAAGGUGGCUGCAGACAACAACACCGUUUUCUGCUACUGAGCAGCAUAAAAUGCAUGCUCAAAGAGAAGGGGCCUACAGCAUUUUUUGAGUUCAGUGGGAGCAAUUCUGGCAUUGAAGUGAGAACACCAAUGCGAUGGCCAUAUAGCAAAGGCUUCUCAAUUUGUUGUUGGAUCAGGCUGGAAUGUUAUCCAAAGAAUGGUGCAAUGGGCUUGUUUGGUUUUCUCUCUGACAAUGGACGAGGAUGUGCAGCAAUCAUUGAAAAAGAAGUGCUCAUAUAUGAGGCAUUGGGGCAGAAAAUGCAAAGUGUUUUCGUUAAUUUGAACCUUACUCCAAAAAGGUGGUAUUUUCUUUGCAUAACCCAUAGCAUUGGGAGAGCGUUUUCUGGCGGUAGUAUGUUCAGGUGCUAUCUAGACGGUGAUCUAGUAUCUGCUCAGAAGUGCAGGUAUGUAAAAGUUAGUGAAGUGUUGAUGCAGUGUACAAUCGGAAGGGCCAUCAUUUUGUCCAUGGAAGAUGGUGAAAAUGCAUUCCCAGAAAGAGACCUGUUGCCUUUACAUGGUCAACUUGGUCCAGUUUAUUUAUUUGGUGAUGCUAUCUCCUCGGACCAAGUUAAGAGUAUUUAUUCCCUUGGACCGAGUUACAUGUAUUCAUUUGUUGGAAAUGAGCUCUCCACUGCUUCAGGUGUCUUUGCCCAAAAUGGUGUUCAAGAUGCAAAAGAUAGUUUAGCAUCAAAACUCAUCUUUGGUUUCAAUGCUCAGGCAACUGAUGGAACAACCUUGUUCAACAUUGCACAAGUUCCUGAUUACAGUUCAGAUAAGAGUACUUACACAGCUACUUUGAUGGCUGGCACCCAGUUGUGUUCCCGUCGUUUAUUACAAGAUAUUAUUUAUUGUGUUGGUGGUGUUUCUGUAUUUUUUCCCCUGCUGACGCAGUUUGAUAAGCCUAGUGAAGGAGAAGCGGGAUAUGGAUGGUCUGGACAUGUGACAACUAAGUCUAUCUUAAAGGGUAGUCUUGCUGCUGAGGUUGUUGAGCUUAUCUCAUCUGUUUUGGAUAAAAAUCUGGAAAAUCAGCAGCAGAUGAAUCUUCUUUCGGGAUUUUCUGUCCUGGGAUUUUUGCUUCAGUCAGUUUCACCAGAGUCAAAAGUGGUGCUUGUUUCAGCCUUGAAGCAUCUUUUAGAUGUCAUUGCAAACUCAGGCCUAUCAGGUGUUCUUAUGAAGGAAGCUAUUCCCUGGAUAUAUCUAAAUCCUCGUAUCUGGGUUUAUGCGGACUACAUGACACAGCGUGAACAUUAUAUAUUCCUUGUGAACUAUUUUGAGAACGAUUCUUCCUCAUUGACACAUUUCUGUCGCCUACCAAAGAUCAUUGAAAUAAUAUGUCAGUUUUAUUGGGAUACACCCAAUCGUUCAGUUAUUGGAAGGAAACCACUUUUAGAUCCUAUGACAAAGGAAAUCAUUUGGAAAAGACCUAUCAGGGAAGAAAUUCAGAAAAUACGCCUUCUACUUUUAAGUCUAGCUGAAAUGAGUUUGAGGAAACAGGUUCUUCCCUCUGAUGUGAAAGCUCUUGUGGCCUUUUUUGAGAGGACAGAAGAUAAUGCAUGUGUGGAGGAUGUGUUACACAUGGUUAUUCGUGCUCUAUAUGGCAAGGCAUUUUUAGUGUCCUUUAUAGAGCAAAUUGAACUACUUGGUGGAUGUCAACUGUUUCUUAACCUUCUUCAUAGGGACUCAGAGGCAAUCAGGGUGUUGGCUUUGCAGUUUAUUGGGAAGCUUUUGGUUGGUUUGCCUUCCGAGAAAAAAGAGGGAAGACUGUUCAACCUUGCGGUGGGGCGUUCCAAGUCUCUUUCAGAGAAUCAAAGAAGUGGAAGCACAAAAUUCAUGCCAAUCUUUUCUUCGAUGUUGGACAGGCUUUUUAAGUUUCCUCUAACAGACUCUUUAUGUGCUGCCUUAUUUGAUGUGCUUCUCGGUGGUGCUAGUCCUAAGCAGGUUUUGCAGAAAUAUGGUCAGCCUGAAAAGAGUUUCUUUAAUGGCUAUGCAUCUCACUUCAUCCUUCCACAAAUACUGCAUCUCAUAUUCACAUUCUUGACAAAAUGCAAUGACUCAUUAAUGAGACUGAAUAUUUUGAAUGAUCUGGUCAAUCUUCUUGAUUCAAAUCCUCUGAACUAUGAAGCUGUGAUGGAAAAGGGAUGGAAUUCAUGGCUUUUAGCAUCGGUUGAACUAGAAGUUAUCAAGAACUAUAAACCUGUUGCUGAUCCUGACAGCCCUUGUAAAAUUGAGGAAGAUCUUGUCACAAAGUUAUAUUCAGCUGUCCUUUCAUAUUAUGUGUGUUCUGUCAAGGGUGGAUGGCAGCAGCUUGAAGAAACAGUCAAUUUCCUUCUGGUCAAAAUUCGACAGGAAGAUAUACCAUUUCUUUUCCUUACGGAUAUCUUGGAGGGUGUAGUAGACAGGCUGAUUAUUUUGUCAUCUGAAGAGAACAUAUUUGCUUCUCAGCCAUGUCGAGAUAACUCACUGUACCUUAUACGAUUGCUUGAUGAAGUGCUUGUUCAAGAGUGUGAUCUCAAUCUCCCUUUUCCUGGAAUGAAUUUUUCAAAGGAAUUCUUACCUGAUGCGCUGGAACCUGAAAACCACAGGGACUUUAGUUUUACCGUCUUUGAAGCCUUGCAAGAAGUAGAUCAUGCACUUCCAGGGUCAAUGGAAAAGCCUGUUUCUAGCAAAAUAAUAAGCGCUCAACAAUUGGGUACAUCAAAUCACAGUGAUGUAAUUAAAGAUUAUUGGUGGAAUGUCUAUGAUAAGCUUUGGGUUCUAUUAAGUCAGAUGAAUGGAAAGGGUUCUAGUAAGAUGAUUUCUAAGACUUCUCUUUCUGGAGGGCCUUCUUUUGGUCAAAGGGCACGUGGACUAGUGGAGUCUUUGAAUAUUCCUGCCGCAGAAAUGGCGGCAGUAGUUGUAUCAGGGGGACUUAGUAAUGCUUUAGGUGGAAAAGCAAAUAAAUAUGUUGACAAAGCUAUGCUUUUACGGGGAGAAAAGUGUCCAAGAAUUGUUUUUCGUCUUGUCAUCCUGUACCUUUGCAAAUCUGAUAUAGAAAGAGCAUCUAGAUGUGCUCAGCAAUUCAUUUCUCUUCUGCCAUGUUUUCUUACAAUGGAAGAUGAAUCAAGCAAGAGUAGACUGCAGCUCUUUAUUUGGUCCCUGCAUCUGUUGAGAUCUCAGCUUCACAUGCUGGAUGGUGGAGCAAGAUUUCAUGUUGCUUCACAAUUAAUUCGUGAAAGUAUCAACCAUGGGAAAUUUAUGCUUGUGAAUAGUAUCUCUGGAACAGAAGAUUCAUCUGAUCUGGAUGGUAGUCUCAAGGAGAGUGGUGCCAUUUUCAAUUUGCUUCAAAAAGAGAGAGUCCUCUCUGCGGUAUCUGAGGAAGCGAAGUACCUUAAUCAGUUGACAGCUGAGCGAGCAAAACAGAUGGAACAACUGUGUAUUAAGAUGGAAGAGCAAUCAUCCUUAUUAUCGAUCCAGAAAACUGCCUUUGAGGAUGAGAUUCAAAGUAACCUGAAAACGGUUCUUGCUGCAGAGGACAAUCUAAGGGCUUCUGUGCAGGUUUUGAAUGAUGAGGAACAGCAGAUUGUAGCUGAAAAAUGGAUUCACAUGUUCCGCAUGCUGAUUGAUGAGAGAGGUCCCUGGUCUGCUAGUCCUUUUCCAAACACGAUUCUUACACAUUGGAAACUUGAUAAGACUGAAGACUCUCUACGUCGGAGAGUAAAAUUAAGAAGGAAUUAUCAUUUUGAUGAACGGCUUUGUCACCCUCCCGCCACUAAUUUGAAUAAUUUUCCUAGUCAACAUGAUGUUGGAUCCUUGCCUCAGUUAGGAAGUCAGCUUCCCAAGGGAAUGAAGAGCUUCCUUAUAAAAGGGGUACAUGAGGUUACUGAAGAAGGAUUGUCUGAUUCCUAUGAUAGUGAAAGCAAGGAUUCAACUGAACCUAAAGACUCCAACUGUGAUGGAGUCUCCCAUAAUCAAAGUGCUGAUGCUGAGAUUGGGAAAAACAAUUCUGAUCAGAAAGAUGUUAAAAUAAAUUGGAAAGAUUUCUUCCCUAACAGUGCAGAUGCAGAACAAGAUGAGAUUCUUCUAUCUGUCCCUUGUAUGCUGGUAACUCCAAAAAGAAAAAUUGCUGGGCAUCUAGAAGUUAUGCAACACAUUUUGCAUUUUUAUGGUGAACUUUUGGUUGAAGGAACUGGAGGAUCAUCCGUUUUCAGAAUACUAUGUAGUUCAUGUAAUCAUGGUGUCAAGAUUGGACAACGAGAAGCUAUUGACAGGCAGAAGCCUCAACAGGAGAUUGUCAAUGUAGAUCCUGAUUGUGAGAAGGUUUGUGGUGGUACAAAUGAUGACAUGAGCUCGCUCCACAAGUCUUUGCUCCACAAAUUGCCAGAGAACAUCAAGCGGCAUCAUAGGUGGAACCUUUGCAAAAUAAAAGCUGUUCAUUCAACUAGAUACUUGCUUCGACACACUGCAAUAGAGGUCUUUUUCAGUGAUUCUGUUGCUCCUGUGUUCUUCAAUUUCCAAUCACCAAAAGAUGCCAAAGAUGUUGGAACAUUCAUAGUUUCGUCAAGAAAUGAACUGUUGUAUCCAAAAGGAAGUUCUAGAGAUAAGAAUGAUAUUAUUCACUUUGUUGACAGACGAGUGGCAUUGGAAAAAGCAGAAAAAGCACGAGAGAGUUGGCGAAGAAGAGAGAUCAGUAAUUUUGAGUAUCUAAUGGUCCUUAAUACACUAGCAGGUAGAUCAUAUAAUGAUUUAACUCAGUAUCCCAUUUUUCCAUGGGUGCUAGCUGAUUAUUCCUCUGAAAAGCUUGACCUGAACAAGUCCUCAACAUUCCGUGAUCUUACAAAACCUGUGGGAGCAUUGAAUUUGAAACGAUUUGAGGUUUUUGAAGAAAGAUACCGCAAUUUCUGUGAUCCUGUUAUUCCCAGCUUCUACUAUGGCUCCCAUUAUUCAAGUAUGGGCAUUGUACUUUUCUAUCUAUUGCGUCUGGAGCCUUUUACAAUGUUGCAUCGAAAUUUGCAGGGUGGUAAAUUCGAUCAUGCUGACCGUCUCUUCCAAAGCAUUGAAGGAACAUAUAGCAAUUGCCUUUCAAAUACAAGUGAUGUGAAGGAGUUGAUACCUGAAUUCUUUUACAUGCCUGAGUUUCUUAUUAACUCGAAUGGGUACCAUUUAGGAGUGAAACAAGACGGAGAACCUUUGGCUGAUGUUCUACUUCCUCCAUGGGCUCAGGGCUCCCCUGAGGAGUUUAUCUACAAAAACCGGGAAGCUCUUGAAAGUGAAUAUGUUAGCUCGAACCUUCAUCAUUGGAUUGAUUUGGUAUUUGGAUACAAGCAACGUGGUAAACCAGCCGUUGAGGCUGCAAAUGUAUUUUAUUAUUUAACCUAUGAGGGAUCUGUUGAUCUGGACAAUGUGGAAGAUGAAUUGCAAAGGUCUGCCAUUGAGGAUCAGAUUGCUAAUUUUGGUCAAACGCCUAUUCAGAUUUUCCGUAAAAAGCACCCGAGAAGAGGACCACCAGUACCAAUUGCUCGUCCUUUAUAUUAUGCACCUGCAUCCAUAACUUUGACUUCCAUUGUUUCAGCGGUACCUCAUCACUAUUCUGCUGUUUUGUUCAUCAGCGUCGUGGAAUCUAGUGUUAUCAUUGUCAAUCAGGAGUUGAUGAUGUCAGUUAAAAUGUGGUUAACCACUCAAUUGCAGUCUGGUGGGAACUUCACGUUCUCUGGUUCACAGGAUCCUUUUUUUGGACUUGGUUCAGAUGUUCUGACUGCACGGAAGAUCGGCUCUCCAUUUGCUGGCAGUAUUGAACUGGGAUCACAGUGUUUGGCUACAUUACAGACCUCCUUUGAAAACUUCGUAAUCACAUCUGGCAACUGGGAGAACAGCUUCCAAAUUGUGUCAUUGACGAAUGGGAGGGUUGUACAAAGUAUUAAACAACACAAGGAUGUCGUCAGCUGUAUUGCAGUGACUUCGGAUGGAAGUGUUGUUGCCACUGGCAGUUAUGACACAACAGUGAUGGUGUGGGAUGUUCGUAUUAAAGCUUCAGACAGGAGAUCUCGUCAAGCACAAGCAGAAUCUUCCAGAAAGGACCAGAUUGUUUCUGAUACUCCUUUCCAUAUUUUAUGUGGUCAUGAUGAUAUUAUCACUUGCUUAUUUGCAAGUGUGGAUUUGGAUAUCAUAAUCAGUGGGUCAAAAGAUGGAACUUGCAUUUUCCAUUCCUUGCAGAAAGGUAGGUACAUAAGGUCCAUUCAGAAUCCAUCCAGGAGUGCCAUCUCAAAACUAGUCGUCUCACAGAAUGGCAACUUGGUGUUGUAUGCAAUUGAUGAUCUCACACUACGUCUUUAUUCCAUCAAUGGAAAACAUAAAGCUAGCUCAGAAUCCAUUGGUCGUCUCCACUGUCUUGAGCUUAGCAGAUGUGGUGAAUACCUUGCUUGUGCUGGUGAUCAAGGACAUAUUGUUCUUCGUUCCAUGCAUUCCCUCGAUGUUAUCAUGAGAUAUGAUGGAAUUGGGAAGGCAAUAACAUCCCUGACAGUAACGCCAGAGGAAUGCUUCCUAGCUGGGACCAAGGAAGGGAAUGUCAUGGUUUAUUCAGUUGAAACUGCCCAGCUUCGUAGAAGUAGUAUGUCUCGAGGUGCAAAAAUACAAAAGUUCACCAAUGGAUAGAAACAUAAAGAUUCUCUGUUGUUAUCACAAUAUUAGCAACUGAAGCUGUCUUCUGCUGAUACUCCUGUCAGUUGGCACUUCCAGAUCAACAUUUUACAGCCCAACCAUAUCCCAGAUGGCACACCAAAAUAGCCACAGUCGGGCUGAAAGCACUUUCGAACUGGUUGAGGAGUACCAAAGAUUCUGUAUAUGUGCAUUGAUUUGUAGAUAAAUCCUGGUUUCACUAAUUAUUUGCCUUUCUAGGCUAUGUUAUCAAUCUGUAAAUACGAAGAAUUGUACAUUCUUUAGUUCCUGUUGUUCAGAAUCUUGUUCAGAAUUGUACAGGUAUAAUCCUGGAAUAAUAAGUCCAUGGGUCGUCUUCUCCAAUUUCCUUCAA